AACAGGCUACAAAAAAAAAAAAAAAAAUUCUUAAUAUAGAGACAUUUGUUAAACAUAAUAAUUACAUAGAUACAUUUGUUCAUUUGUUCUUAUUUGACUGUGGUUUUUAAAAAUAUUUUGUUAAAUAGGAGUUUACUUUGUAGACAGUUCACUGUAAUAAGAUUUUCCAACAUUUGAGAUUCAAAUUUAAUUAACAAUAAACUUUAAUCUUUGGGCAAAUAUAAAAUUUAUACAACACAAUACAUAGAACCUCAAAAUAAAUUUUAUUUAAAUAGGUGAAAAUAAAAUUUAAUGAAGAAAUAAGAACAGCUGUAUACAUUGAAAUUUUUAUUAAGACAUAAAUGAUAAGAUAUACAAUACACAAUAUUUGAUCCAACAUCUUAACAGAUUUAAAAGUCGAAAUAAUGUCCAAGCGAGUAACAAAUGAUCGCCCUGAUUAUUCUGACCCCACUGAUGAUAGUGAUGGUAGUGAUUUUGAUGAAGUGAAGAAAAAAACUAUAAUGGUAGGUAGUGAUUAUCAAGCACAAAUUCCUGAUGGAUUGUCCAAGUAUGGAGAUGAUCCACCAUACCAAAAUGUUGAUAAACUUCUCUGGGACCCUCAUAAUACGACUGAUGCAGUUAUUGCAGACUAUCUUCAUCAUAUUCAUCAAAUUUCUCAUGGUACAAUUAUAUUACCCAAAGGUAAGCAUGUACGAGAUGAUGAAAACGCACUAUUUUUACUUUUGCAAUGUGGAUUUAAUACUGAAGAAGCAUUGCGUCGAGUUUCAUUAAACGAUCAAAUGUUUGGUCGAAGAGCCAUGAUGGUUUGGUCAGAAGAAGAAUGCAAAAAUUUUGAAAAUGGCAUUCGUUGCUUUAAUAAAAACUUUUAUCUGAUUCAACAACAUAGAGUAACUACAAGAACAGUUGGUGAACUUGUUCACUUUUAUUAUUUAUGGAAAAAGACAGAAAGGCAUGAUGUAUUUGCUAGUAAAGAACGACUUGAAAAGAAAAAAUAUGCUCUUCAACCAGGUAUUACAUUUUAUGAAGACGGAGAAAACUCUGUACUAAAUCAAAAGACAAAUCAAGUUGGUAAUUGUUUAAUUUACUGUGAUCCAAAACGAUUACAACGAAUGGAAACAUCAGGUGUACAUGUCACUCUAGUGGAUAACUAAAGGGUUUGUUAAAAAUUAGCUUAUUAAUGUUAAUAUAUUUAAGUAUAAAUAAGACGUUCCUCUAACUAUUUACUAUACCUAACUAUUUGUUUAUUAAGUUAUUUAAAAUGAGGAUAUACUACAUUUUUAUCAAGUAUUAAUAUUUUAACUUCCAAAUUACUAUGUAAUUUUUAAAAUUAAAAAGCCAUGUUUUAUUUUAAAUAGGAUUUCUAUAUUAUAGACAUCUUAGUGGUUAGUAGUAUAUUAAAGGCAAUUUUAAGCAAAAUUUAAUACCUAACAGGGUAAAUUCAACAGUUUGUAAAACUGUAAUUUAUUUUCUGAUAUUUUAACUAGUGAUUAUUAUCAUAAGCUAAUAGAAAACAUUAAUAUAUUCAAAUCAAAUAUUUUUAACUGUUAAAAUUGAAAAGUAAUCAAUAUUUAUUCCGUUACAUAAUUAUUAACUAAUUUAUUUAAUUAAUAUUAAGAAAUCAUAACAAAUAAUAAAACUAUAUAAGUACCACAUAUUUACUAAACAUAAAAUAUGCUAGUUUUAUUGUGUAAACAGUAUAAUAAUUAAGAGUUUUUAAAUUAUAAUUUAAGAUAAAUAUCUAAAUAUUAUUUAUUAAUUAUUUUUGAUGUACCUAUAUCAAAUAUAUGUAUGUAUAAUAUAGGUGUAUAAUGUAUUUAUUUAAUUUUUUUAUAAAAAUACCUAACUUUAAACAUUUAAUUGGUAAAGUAAUUCACUUUAUAUUUAAUUUAUACCAGUCCUUAUAAAAAUAUACUUCACACUUAUUGUCUUAAUAUAAUAUUUUUAUACAUUUGCUUUCUUAUUAAAAUAGUUUUUUGUUAGUGGAGCGUUUUAAAAUUCUAAAUAUUAUGAUUAUUAUGUUUAAUCAUUAAUUCAAAUUGUUGUACAAAUAGAUUUUAGGAAUAAAAAAUGUAUUUGUCCAUUAUAUUAGAUAAAUAACUCUGCAGGUAGUAUGUUUAAAGAAAUAAAAUAUACUAUACUUACAUUAUUUGUUGUAAGAUAUCUACAUUUUAUUAUCAAAUGGUUAGUAUUACUUUUUAUAUUUUUGGUUACAAUAGAAAUCACAUUUAUUUAGGAACAAAUAAUGUUAGCUAAAUAGUAAUAGGUAUCUACCUAUGUUGACUGAUAUUAUUUCGACAAAAUGUAAAAAUAAUUUUACUAAAUAUUACGCUUUUGACCAUUGUGCUUUCUGGAUUCCUAUUUUAAUUUCUUAAUUCUUUACCUAUGUCAAUUUGAAUGUUAUAAUUUUUUUCUAUUAUUCUUGUCUAAUGUGUAUUUAUUUAUUUUUUUUUUAUUAUGUAUUUUAUUUUACUAUAAAGAAAAUAUGAUUGUAACAUAUUUGUAAAUUAAAAAACAACAAUUUGUAAAGCAAAAUGUACAUUUUGUCUUCUAUAUUUUUUAUGAAUUAUUUUUUACAGAGUACAUACUUUUAUUUUUUAAUAUAGGUAUGAUUUAAACUGA